CAAUUGGCAAAACAGCUGUUUGUGUGUCAAUUGUGCGACCAAUUUCAGUGACCACUACUACCGACUACUGUGAGGACGGACAACACACCCGACGGUGACGUCCGAACAGAAAACAAUGUCCGAAAACAUAAUGUCGAUCAACAACAACAACUUGAUUACCGUAGAGGACACGGACAAUGAUGGCCACCAUCACCACCGCCGUCGCCACCAGCCGUUAGACGCCAACGAUCGACGGCUACCGACAAGUGAUGAUAAUACUAAUCAAGAAAACCCGAUACUCAACGCCACGGCCGACGUUGACGCUGAUGAUCAACACCGAUCUGAUCGGCGAUCAUCGUCGCCGCCGCCGACGACACCAACUGAGGCCACACCGCACAUGAAAGACCGUUUCAGGCGUCGACUGAAAUACUAUUUUAUGUCACCGGCCGACAAAUGGCGAGCCAAACGACGCCAGCCGUGCAAACUGGUCGUCCAAGUGUUGAAAAUCAUUUUGGUCACCAUCCAGUUGUUUGUCUACGGCUACGACAUGUCCGCCCAUUUGGCCCAAGAGUCCAAUUCGGUUAUUGCAUUUCGUGAACUAUUCCUAUCCAAUUGGGAUCCCGUACGUGAAGUGAUGGCCUAUCCGCCAGCGGCCGGUCCUUUCGCUGUCUAUACGCGUCAAGAUUUUUACGCCUCAAUAGACUACGCUAUCGCGCAAUACGCCAACAUUACCUCAGCCAGUGUCGGCUCGUUUGGCUACGCCAUCAACUCAACCGAUCGAACCGGCCGUAAUAUGUCCGACAUUCUAGUCCGGCGCCAGCACUACAACAAAGGCGAAGCCCGACCGAGCGACUACUACUACGAAUACGACAAUCAAGUGUUUACCGAUGAACUAGCGAUUGGCGAACUGUUUCCGCCAAACGAUCAGCGCUGGUCAACCGAGUUUAGUUCGCUAAAGUAUUUCGAUGACCACAAUCGUACCGUACUAUUUAAUCGGUUGCUGACACUGGAACUGCUGUUUCCGUUGCGUACGAUUUAUAUCAAUUCGAUGGCCGACUAUAAUCGGCCGAAAUGCUACGACCUGAACGUAUCGAUUGUUUACGACAAUCGCCAAAACGAUGGCCAAAUGUUGGUCGAAUUGACCACCAGUCGUCAGCGACAUCUGUGCAACGGUAAUCUGGCCGACAAUAAUCGGUCGGACGGCGAUUGGCUAGUCGUUCGGCAAGUACUGAAUUGGUCGGUAAUUGUAUUCAGUUCCGUAUCGGCCGUACUAUGCCUGCGAUCACUAUAUACUGGUCAAGUAUUGUGUUGGCAAACCCGCCGUUUUUUCAACCGCUAUCUGAGCCGGACGUUGACACUCAGGGAACUGCUAGACUUUGUCGACCUAUGGAUUGUAUUGAUUAUCGUCAACGACAUACUAAUCAUUAGCGGAUCAGCGCUGAAGAUGAGACUGGAAUCUCGUGUGGCCACUGCGGCCGGCACUGUCCGCUACAAUACUGUUUCGCUGUUGUUGGGCGUCGGCAAUCUGUGCGUGUGGACCGGUUUGCUCCGGUAUCUCGGAUUUAGUCACAAAUACAAUAUACUGAUACUGACACUGCGCCGAGCGGUUCCCAAUGUAUUGCGAUUCAUGUCCUGUGCGUUCAUACUCUACGGAGGCUUUACACUGUGCGGUUGGCUAGUAUUGGGUCCAUACCAUCUGAAAUUUCGUACACUUAGCCGGGCCUCUGAGUGUCUGUUUUCGUUGAUGAACGGCGACGACAUGUUCGCCACAUUCUACAUAACUGAGCCCAGAGGCGACCUACUAAUCUGGUGGUUCAGUCGUAUAUAUCUCUAUAUGUUUGUAUCGCUAUUCAUUUAUGUAGUACUCAGUCUGUUUAUUGCAUUGAUUAUGGAUUCGUAUGAAACAAUUAAGGACUACUAUGAAAACGGAAUGCCACUCAACGAUCUACAGAAAUUUAUAGCCGAAUGCACUGACGAGCCGUCGAGUCGGGCCUACACUGAGGACAGGCAUACGACUAUUGCCGACACACUUAACUGUUUUGAUUGUUGUCGUCGUCCCAGUCCUAGCCGUAAUCGUCAUCACAAUCAUUCACAGCAUAAUACUACUAAUAGUUAUCACAGUUUUUAAGAUAAAACAAACAAACAAACAAUCAAUCAAUGGACACAAUAGCACAACAACAAAAAAACAUAUUAUUUUUUUUACAAUGAGAUUUAUUUUUUAAAAAUUUUAUCCCAACUAUCCAACUACCCCACCCCUUGUUAUCUACCCCCACCCCCAAUUAAUACUCUAGUCAAUAGUGAGAUGGAUAUGAAUGUAUAAUAAUAAUUAUAAUCAUAAUAAUAUU